AUGCCACAGGAAGAAGGGGGUAUUGAUUUUAGGUCCCUUCAUGAUGUAGCAAAAGCUCUGUUCUGCAAACUGUGGUGGAAAUAUAGAACAAAACCUAGUCUGUGGAGCUCAUUUAUGAGUCAGAAGUAUUGCAAAAAUAUGAAUUCAGUGGUAGUGCAAUGGAGAAAAGGAUCACAUGUUUGGAGAAAGAUGUUGGAGUGCAGAGACCUUGUUGAACACCUGAUCAUUUGGCAACCAAGGAUGGGUUCUUCUUUGUUCUGGUAUGACAACUGGACAGGCUUAGGGGCUUUGUAUUUUUUGAUUGCUCAAAAUUUUGGAGUUGAUGAAUCAGUCCAUAAUGUGUGGGAUGUGGUGUAUGGAGGAGAAUGGAAUACACAAAGGCUUUAUGAAAUAUUACCUGAAGAAUUUGCAGAACACAUCAUAGUAAACCUUCAGCCACCUGCAACUCAAGGAGUCUUGGAUGUACCUGUUUGGAGUUUGGAAUCAAAGGGUCAGUUCAGUGUUAGAACAACAUGGUAG